UUGUGCUGUUUGAGGCGUUCAGGGGCGGGGCGUGCAGGUGGAGAAGGAAGUCGAACGGGGUUAGGCCACUCAGUCGCUCCGGAGGCGGGGAGGAAAGAGCAAGAUGGUUUACAUCUCGAAUGGACAAGUGUUGGACAGCCGGAGUCAGUCCCCAUGGAGAUUAUCUUUGAUAACAGAUUUCUUCUGGGGAAUAGCUGAAUUCGUCAUUUUGUUUUUCAAAACUCUGCUUCAACAAGAUGUGAAAAAGAAAAGAGGCUACGGAAACUCAUCUGAUUCCAGAUACGAUGAUGGAAGAGGGCCCCCAGGAAACCCCCCCAGAAGAAUGGGUCGAAUUAAUCAUCUGCAUGGUCCCAGUCCUCCUCCAAUGGCUGGUGGAUGAGGAAGGUAAAUGUCUGCUCUAAGAAGCAGACAACUGGACAUGCACAUUCAUAACAGAAAGAAACCAUCGAGUAGUGCAGGGCUGACCAUGCUGGACAAGUAGAUGAAUGUGUACGUCUAAACAAGAACUACUCUGUGUCUUCACAGACAAAUGAGGUCGUGUUGGGAAUUCUCUUGCAGGGAUCUGGCAUGACUGACAUGCAGUUCUAUAAAUACAUGUUUGUCUCAUUAACUUUUUGUAUAGUUUAUGAAAGUAUUAAUAUAGUUUUAAUAAGUAAAUGUUUCUAGAUUACAAAAGUUGACUUGUCAUCUUUAUAUAAUUAAAACUCUGAAUUUGAAGAAAAUUAAAAGGCUGUGUAUUUAGUACUGUUAGUGUUACCUUUUUCAGCUUCUGAAAGUGUUCAUUGUUAAUUUGUUCUCACUUAUAAAUAAAUCACAUUGUAUUUAUUUCAGUAUAUGCAUAUAA